GAUCUCUCCGCGCCUGAUACCGUUGCAACCAGUAUGCGAACGAGCGGACAUGAGCCAAAAGCCACGACGCAUCCUGGUCCUUGCGGGCGGUCAGUCCGAAGAACACGAAGUGAGCCUGAUGUCGGCACGCGCCGUCACGCGCGAAGCCGAAGCGGCAGGAUUUGAAUGUACCGUGCAAGUGGUCACACGCGAGGGCGGCAUUUUGGGGCCAGCACAAAGUCGAGUUGCCCUCGCUGAGGGAAAUGCCUCGAAAGGCGGAACCCAUUGGGGAGCGCUGGCAACAGCGGCUCAAGCAUGUGAUGUCGUCUUUCCUCUGAUCCAUGGAACAUUGGGAGAAGAUGGAACGCUUCAAGGCUUUUUAACGCUGCUGGGACGUCCCUUUAUCGGCUCUCAAACCCUUGCCAGCGCGGUCUGCAUGGAUAAAUCGAUGGCCAAAGAAGUGCUCAAAGCGCACAGUAUUCCGCAGACUGACUAUCUGACUAUCACGUCGGAGCAAUGGCAGACGACUUCCGAUACGAUGGCUACUCGUAUCACCCAAAACCUGGCCAAACCCUGGUUUAUCAAGCCAGCGAACUCGGGGUCAAGCGUUGGCAUCAGCCGCGCAAGCGACUCAAAGCGCCUGGCUCAAGGGAUUGAAGAAGCAUUCACGUACGACCGACGUAUUGUGGUCGAAGCAGGUGUGGAAAAAGCCCGAGAAAUCGAAGUUGGGAUUCUAGGCAACGGGCGGCCAGAAGCAAGCGAGGUCGGGGAGAUCACCUACCAAGCCGAAUUCUACGACUAUCACGCCAAAUACCACGACAAUCGCUCCAAGAUCCAUAUUCCAGCAGACGUGCCGACAUCGAUUGCUGAGCGUGUCAAAGAGAUGGCCGUGCAAGCUUACGUACUUCUCGACUGUGCAGGAUUUGCUCGGAUUGAUUUCUUCUACCAGCCCGAGCACCAAAACGUUCUGCUCAACGAAAUCAAUACGCUACCCGGAUUCACACCUGUUUCCAUGUUUCCGAGCCUUUGGCAGGCAAAAGGUGUCAGCUACAGCGCGCUUAUUCAAAAGUUGGUUGAUUUAGCGUUGGAGCGACACCGCGAACUUCGCCACGCCCGCGCUCGAGGACCGGCGUUGUUGCGAGUGUCGGGCGCCUACUGUUAGCACGAGAUGAUCGAUGCGAGAGAGUUGUGGAUAGGUGUCUACAUAUGUGUAUGUAUGCCUGGUCGACAGUCUUGACACAUUGCGCAUGCAUCACCGCCAUCGCUUUUGUGCGCGCCUGCUACCAAAUAUACUCGGGCGCGCGCUGCGCGGGCC